AUGGACCCACAAACUCAACCAUCAGACAACUUCAAAGGACCUUCAGCAGAGAAAGGACUUCCUGUUGAGAUCCAAAGACAGCUGGCUAAGGAUAUAGAAUUGGCUGGAGGCAUACACACCUUUGAAGACAGUGCUUAUUCUCUUGACGAUCUUCUCAAAGGCAAAGAGACCAUCUACGGUGAACGAGGAAGCAGAAGGCGCAAACAAAUCAGAAACGUGGUCUUUAGGUGGAGGAAGUACAACAAGGAGAAAUUCUACCGAACUGUGUUUAUUCCCUUGGUCCUUCAGCAAAACACAAAGUGGUCUGAACCAAACGGCAUCCCUGAUACCCCAGAUACCACCAGCAGCAUUCAAGACAACAAAUUUGGUGGCAACUCCAACACUGAGCCAGACCCGCAACCAGCACAACCAAGCCGAUCUCCAAAGCCAAUCUUAACCAAGCCUGCCACCACCAAGCUCGCAUCCUCAAUUUUUGAGACACCAAAGCCACAAAUCAUGAAUGACAACAACACAUUCACCAUCAAGGUCAACACCGAACGCCCUGAGGCAAACAGAGAAGCUGGGAUCUACGAACUAGACAGGAUUGCAGGUGCCGGGGACAAGAAGAACCAGCUCUAUAGUGGCUUCUGGAUUGUCUUGCCUAUUGACAUCAGAUUCAUCUUGGAUGACAUGUCCGCCGCUCACUGGAGUGCUCGUAUAAUUGCAAAGAAUAAGAUUUUGCUUUCCACUCAAGCUUGGAACUACUCUUGUCUCUAUGACAGAGAUGAAUUCAAAAAGAAUGUCCAGCCCAAUGAACUCGAAGCUCUAGAUGGGGCUCAUCAUGACAUUUAUGAUGAAUCCUCUGGUGAAAUCAAGGAAGACAGAAAGUGGAAGCAUCUAGUGUUGGAAUUUCCAGAGAGAGUAAAGUUGUCUGCCAAGGAAAUCUACGGUGAUUCGGGCGAAGACGAUAAGCUAGAGCUUCAACUGCUACCUGUCACCGUGACACAUCCCAAGCAACCAAAGCUGAAGUACACUUCAAUGUUUGCUGCCUGGAAAGUAGCCCGAGUUGACAUUAGGGCUCGCAAAAAAGGCAAGGUUGGAAAGAAAGAUAAAAAGAGCGAUGCUGCACGCCAACUAGAGGAUUUGAUGAACGGCAUAUCUAUUAGUAUUGAUUCCAAGCCAGCUGCAAAAUCAGACUCUGACGACGAGGAGUCUGAAGUCGAGGAGUCUGAAGUCGAGGAGUCUGAAGAUGAGGAGUCUGAAGAAGAGGAGCGGAUGAAAAUCUGUGAUAUUGAAACGUUAAGAGCCCAAGCGUGUAGCAACCCAACUGUCAAGCCUGGUCCUGUAUUCAGUCUGGAGACAGUGCCGAAACUACCACCGGUUCCUCAAGGCAUACCAUCGGUCUUGUUCGCUGCUGCCCCAACACUUAGCCUGGCUCCCAACCCACCUACAAGAGACACCCAAGAGAUGACGGAAGAGCUCCGGAAGAACUCAUUCAAGCCGCAACCAAGUAGCAAAGUUUCGCGUGCUCUCACAGCGGAGCAGAGGAGGAAAGAAAGGAGAGCGGAAAAACAGAACCAAGCCAGAUUGAAAAGCCCCACCCCUGGCAUUGAUGCAAACUUCCUCCAGGGUCUUAUCGUUGCCGCAGAUACCUCCCAUGAGAAGACAAAAGAAAUAAUGGCAAAGUCAACCACCUCACCAGAGGCGAGCAUUGGUGCAGGAUCAGAGGCGGACACAGACAAAGAAGACUCGGACGAUGAAGACUCGGUUGAUGCUUACCGCCAUGCUCGCCGAAUGGAAAAGGCACAUGAGUUGCUGAAAGAAGAAAAGGGCGGUGACAUUGCUUGGUGUGAUGCCAUGAUUGCUGAUCUUGAAAAAUUUGUUUCUGAAAAUGAGGCAGGCCUUGACGAUCUCCUUGCAGAGGAUGAUCUAAAUGCACUGCUGGGAGCAGAGGAUAGUGGAAGUGACGGUGAAAGCUGUGGUACCGGUACUGGGACCAUCAAGAGGAAGCGCUCUUGGGGCGAAGCCAGUAGUGAUGAAGAAACUGACACUGACACUGAGAUGGAUGGAGAAGAAUUAUUGGAGCCUCCAACCAAGAGGAAAUAA